CCUGACACUUUGUUUAUAUUUCAUUGCAAUUGGCUGCGAACCACGAACAUGACAGAAGCGGUAAGAAGCGUUGAUAUUAUUUCUCAGACGGAGGAGUUGGCCGACAAGAUCUUGGCCAACAAACAGGAGCUGACUGUAAUGGACAAGAGGCGUCAGGAGAAUCGAGAAGCUUUGCGUGUAAUUGAAAAGUCUGAUGAGCCAAAAGUUUGGAUUACCGUGGGCAGCAUGCUUGUGAAGAUGAAGAGACCGCAAGCCAUUGAACUAAUUAAAAAAGAUCAGCAACAAAUCGAACAACAAAUCAAUUUGAUUUAUUCGGAGCAAAAGAUUUUGGUUAACAAGCACCGCGACGUGGAAUUCAAAUCACCAUUUUCUGGUACAAAUUUGAAGCCAUUGGAUCGUAAGGAAUUCAGUGCACUAAAGGCGAAUUUACCCAUGCUUUAAGUAAUACUCAAACCAGUUUAAAUUUAGCUAAGAAUAAAACAUUUUAAUCAUA